AAAAGAUAAACAAAACAGGAGCGAAUGACACGUCGGCUGCGAACCAAAUCACCCAGUAGUUCCCUGAAAUGAUUUUAAGUGAAUUACAGACUGUAGCAAKGUAAGGUUUGUUGAAGUUUUUUCAUAAUUAAAGCCGAAAGGAUGGUGAAAGACGCGGGUUUGGUUUUGGCUACAGAGAGAUACGGCAGCGGGCAGUCCUGGAGGUAUUUAGUGAAGGAUGGAGGGAUGGAGAGAAGGAGGGAUGGAGGUGAAGGAGGAUCAAGAGGCAACUCUGUAGUUGGGUUUUUCAAAAGUGUUUUUCUGCCUCAAGGCUACCCGGAGAGCGUCAGCGAUGACUACCUGCAGUACCAGUUCUGGGACACGCUGCAGGCCUUCUGCAGCUCCCUGUCCUGGACUCUGGCCACUCAGGCUUCUUUAAAAGGUGUUGGUGUUGGAAACCAGGAGGCCACUGUAGCUGCAGCCACCGUCACCUGGCUGUUAAGAGAUGGAACCAGCAUGUUGGGAAGAAUUCUCUUUGCCUGGCAGAAAGGGAGUAAGCUGGACUCCGAGGCCAAAAAGUGGAGACUUUUCGCCGACGUUCUGAACGACAUCGCGAUGUUCAUGGAGAUCCUGGCUCCCCACUUCCCUGCUUACUUCACUCUGAUCGUGUGCACUGCCGGGAUAUUCAAGUCUGUGGUGGGRGUGGCCGGCGGCGCCACCAGAGCUGCGCUGACCGUUCAUCAGGCUCGCAGGGACAACAUGGCCGACAUCUCUGCCAAAGACGGGAGUCAGGAGACUUUAGUGAAUUUGGCRGGACUGCUGGUCAGCUUGCUGCUCAUUCCUCUGGUCACAGAUAAUCCAGGACUGACGCUCYGCCUCUUCCUUCUCUUCACCGUCCUCCAUCUGUUUGCCAACUACAAAGCUGUGCGCUCGGUCGUCAUGGAGACCUUUAACGAAGCCCGUCUGUCCAUCGUSCUGCAGCAGUACCUGAAGGACGAGCGCGUCCUGAGCCCGCUCCAGGCUAAUCGCAGAGAACCGGUUUUCCUGCAGUUUAGGAAAACCUCGCCAGUUAAACUAGGAGUGAAGCUGCAGGAUGUGGCUCAGAGCCCUGAAGAACUGAAUUUGGCUUUGGAGGAGAACAGCAUGCCCUUCCUGUUAGGAAUCACAAACGGUUGUGUUUGUGUUUGUUUGGGACCAGAAGCUUCAGUUUGUGAUAAACUACGAGCGGCGUGUCAGGCCGUGUGGCUCAGCUGCCAAAUAUCCAAAACAACUGCAAGCACAGAACGGAGGCAGCAAAGGUUUUGGGAAAUUGUUCUGGAGAGUCACAAGCUGAUGGACGCAAAGUUCAAUUCAUUCCUGAAAGGUGUUGAAGCUGCAGGUUGGGACGUAAAACGAACUCUACUGGACUGCGACGAGUGGAGGGUGGAGUGGAAAACUAAAAGGAGCUGAGCAGCUUUUUUUUUUUGUUACCAAAACUAUUGUAUGUUUGAUCAAAUUUACACACUUCUGGUCCAGAUUCAGGAAAAUAAAAUACAUUUGUACAAAAGUCA